AUGGUGACUCGAUAUUUGUCCGCCUUGAACCCGCCGAAAGAAUUGCUCCCCGGUCCGGAUACCGGACUCUCAUGGAAUGAGGCUGUGCUUCGUUUGGCUCGCUACGUUUCACUCAUUCCAUACGAGUCCGAUGCGGCUUACUUUCGUGGUCUAUCCGAUCUGUGGUGCACGAGUGACCAAUUUCUCCACAUGGUCUGUGGAGAUGAGGAGGAACACGCUGUCCUGCUGGCCUGUUAUCUACUACAUUUAGAGCAGCUAAGACAGACCACAGAGUCUGAAGAACACACCGCGUCCCCACUCCAGAUCUAUCUCUGUUUCGGUGAAGCAUUGCCAGAAGGGCAAACGGUCUAUGUGCUGACGGGAGAAGAAGGUCCGGAAAUGAACAAAAUGAGUACGCGAUGGAAACUGUGGAAUCCGUUACGGGGUCAAUCGUUUUCGGUGAACAAUGCAAACGGACCGAUGCGAUCUAUUUGGGGACUUGCCAACGCACACAAUGUGUGGGCAAAUAUCCAAGCGAAGAAACAACCAUGGGAACUUGAUUGGGACCUCACCUCGCGGAAGUCUUGGUUGCCAUUUUUCCCAGUCCGAUCGAAGCAUUCAAGAGGAAAACGUGAUCCCGGUGGAUUCGAGGACCGACCACCAUUGGCCACAGUUCAACCGGCGGCUCUGAUCUACGAACAGUUGGAUUCACGUGAACUGGAGAAUAUCAAAUUCGAAUUGGAGGCGGCUUUGCGAGAUGCUUUGAUGGUUUGGCGCCGGAAUAAAGUGAGUCCUUGA